AUCACUCCUUCCAUUUUUGUGUUUUGCAUUCUUCUCUUCUUCUUCAUAAGCUACAAGCAGAGAGUAAUCUAUAGAACAAUCAAUAUUCCUAAAUGGGUAAAGGUGGGGCUUUGAGCGAAGGUGUACUGAAGAAGAUCCUUCUCUCCUAUACAUAUGUAGCCAUAUGGAUCUUUCUCUCUUUCAUGGUGAUCGUCUACAACAAGUACAUCCUAGAUCCAAAGAUGUAUAAUUGGCCUUACCCCAUAUCCCUCACUAUGAUUCACAUGGCUUUCUGCUCAUCCUUAGCUUAUAUACUCGUACGCAUCCUGAAGGUUGUCGAUCCCGUCACCAUGUCUUGGGAUCUUUACGUUAAAUCUGUAAUUCCAAUUGGCCUUCUCUACUCUCUAUCCCUUUGGCUUUCUAAUUCUGCCUACAUUUAUCUUUCCGUGUCCUUCAUCCAAAUGCUUAAGGCCCUUAUGCCUGUUGCCGUAUACACCAUAGGCGUGAUGUUCAAGAAGGAGAGUUUCAAAUCCGAGACAAUGGCUAAUAUGAUCUCUAUCUCAAUUGGGGUUGCGAUUGCGGCAUAUGGUGAGGCAAAGUUUGAUUCCAUGGGCGUUGUUCUUCAACUCGGUGCUGUCGCUUUUGAGGCCACCAGGCUUGUCAUGAUUCAGAUCUUACUUACUUCUAGGGGUAUCUCCCUCAAUCCCAUCACCUCCCUUUAUUAUGUAGCUCCAUGUUGCUUGGUUUUCUUGUUUCUUCCGUGGGUUUACGUCGAGUAUCCCAUUCUGACGGAGAAAUCAAGCUUCCAUCUUGAUUUCGUGAUUUUCGGGACCAAUUCAUUCUGCGCAUUUGCGCUGAACCUGGCUGUGUUCUUGCUUGUUGGGAAGACAUCUGCCUUGACCAUGAACGUGGCCGGCGUGGUGAAGGAUUGGCUUUUGAUCGCCUUCUCUUGGUCUGUGAUUAAGGAUACGGUGACUCCUAUCAACUUACUUGGUUAUGCAUUGGCGUUCUUGGGUGUGGGUUAUUACAAUCACUCCAAAUUGCAAGCGCUGAAGGCCAAGGAAACUCAAAAGAAGUCUCAACAAUCUGAUGAGGAAGCUGGAAUGUUGUUGGCGGAAAAGAACGAGGAGAGUAGUGGAAGCAAGAAGAACGAGUCACACGAUUGAUACAUAGGAUGGUGUUUGAUCUCCCAUGCAUGAAAUGGGUUUUUGUUGCGACGAGAAAGGGAACAUUUAGGCAUGAAAUAGAAUUUCAUAAGAUUGUUCUUGAGGAUGAAUAGAUGUGGCUUACUUAGAUUCUUUUCUAGGUCUCCAGCAUUAGGAAUUUGUUCAAUGUGGUGCUCUCAUUUAUCAUUUUCUGAAUUUAUAAAGUUUGCGUAUUGCACAUGGUUUA